AAAAUUAACUAUUACUAUUUAUAGUGAAAUCUGUUCUGAAUCAUGUUCAUCAUCAUUAUCAAAUAAAAUAUUACAUACAACUAAAUUAGAUGUUGUUCUAACUAAUAAAGGACUCCAGAUAUAUGGAACAUGGAGUACAGAGAAAUUAUUAAAAUUAUUAACAAAUAGACUUAAGCAAUGCAUCAAUAUACAAUCAAAUGAACUAAAACCAAUUUCUAGUGGUAUAAAUGAUACAAGAUUAUGGAUUGCUAUUCAUAGUGGCUUAUAUAGUAAUUCUGUUCUAAAAGAAUUAAAACAAAAAGGAAUGUCUAUAUAUAAUAUCAUAAAAGCAAUGAAACUUGGACUUAUAAAUCUUAGCUAUUGUGAACUUUCCUAUUUUAAAAAAUUCAAUAUAGAGCCAUAUAAUUUGGAGUUCAAAGAAUCUUGGAGUAAAUUUAGUAAUGAAUUAAUUUUAAAUUUACUAUGUACAGGAUUGAGUGAAAUGAAUUGUUGGAAUAUUAUUAUAUAUGGAAUAAUGCUUCAAAAUCCAAAUAUUCUUCGUCAUUUAAUUUUAAGUGGUAUUGAUGUUCCUGGUAUUUUAAAGUGGCAAUCUCCUAUUAAUUUUGCAUCAUCUAAAAUAAUUGUAUUCUUAAAACAUAUUGGAAUAAAAGAAAAUGUCAUAAAAUUGGUAGAAAAAUAUGGAAUUGAUGAAGAAACUGAACAAAUGUUAAUUGAUUUAGGACUUAAUGAAAUGGGAGAAAAAUUAUCAGAAUUGAAGGUCUAAAUGCAAUUAUUUAAUUUAUUUUAUUAUACAUUAUUAUAUUUUUUAUUUUUAAUAAUCUACAGGAACUAAUAUGUGAAUGCAGUUUAACUAUAUUGGAAUCAAACAGUAGUUGUUUAGAAGAAAUAGAAAAUAUUGAAACAAAUAAUUCAGAAAGCAUUUCUAGUUCUACUAGUAUACCAGAUUACGAUGCUAUAUUAGAUAUUUUUCAGCAAUGUAUUUGUCAAUGUCAUUUAAUUUCAAAGAGUAAUACAAUGUAUCACUCAAUUAUACGAAAUGACUAUUUAAGGUAAAUAAUAAUUGUAAUAUUAAUUUUUUUUGUAUCUUCUUCUAAGA